GGCCAGGCCCGGGCCGAGCCCAGGGUUCCUGCCCGUCGUAGCAGGCGGGGGCGGCCCCGGCCCCUCUCUGAGGUGGCGUCAAGGUCGGGAGGCUCCGCUAAUCAACCCCCUGCACCAUUCCCGCCCCCACCGGCGGGGCGCGGCGCCGAGCGGAGAGAGAGGCGGUGCCCGGCGCCCCGUUCCCGCCCCCCAGUUCCGUGCAGCGCCGCCCGCCAGUUCCGCCGGGGACGCGCAGCGUAGGAGGCCGCGGCUCGGGCAGGUGUCGAGGCUCCGGGCAGUUGCACAGGCGGGAAUGGCGGCCGGGCCGGGCUGAAAGGAGAGGAGCCGCGUCUCGAGGCCGCCAUGAGGCUACUGCGGGCCCUGCUGAGAGGCGCCUCCCUGGCCGGCCUCUUGCAGCAGGUGGAUUUCUACGCCCGCUUCUCCCCGUCGCCCCUCUCCAUGAAGCAGUUUCUGGACUUCGGAUCUGAAAAUGCUUGUGAAAAGACUUCGUUCAUGUUUUUGAGACAAGAGUUGCCUGUAAGAUUGGCAAACAUAAUGAAAGAAAUAAGUCUGCUUCCAGACAACCUGCUAAAGACACCUUCAGUUCAGCUGGUGCAGAGCUGGUAUGUUCAGAGUCUUCAGGAAAUCCUUGACUUUAAGGACAAAAGUGCAGAAGAUUCAGAAGUUAUUCAUAGGUUUACAGAUACUGUGAUAACAAUCCGGAACCGACACAAUGAUGUAAUUCCUACAAUGGCUCAAGGUGUGAUUGAGUACAAGGAAAGCUUUGGUGUUGAUCCAGUGACCUGUCAGAAUGUGCAGUAUUUUUUAGAUCGUUUCUACAUGAGUCGCAUUUCAAUCAGAAUGCUCCUCAAUCAACACUCUUUGCUGUUUGGUGGAAAAAUUAAAGUUAAUCCAGCUCAUCCAAAACACAUUGGAAGCAUUAAUCCUAACUGCAAUAUUGUUGAAGUUAUUAAAGAUGGCUAUGAAAAUGCUAAGAGACUUUGUGAUUUGUAUUACAUGAGCUCUCCAGAACUUGUGCUUGAAGAGUUGAAUGCAAAAUCAUCAGGACACCCCAUGCAAGUAGUAUAUGUACCAUCCCAUCUCUAUCACAUGGUUUUUGAACUUUUCAAGAAUGCAAUGAGAGCCACAAUGGAACGCUAUACUGAUCGAAGCAUUUACCCUCCAAUUCAAGUACAUGUCAUAUUAGGCAAUGAGGAUUUAACUGUGAAGAUAAGCGACCGUGGUGGCGGUGUUCCUAUGAGGAAAAUUGACAGACUAUUCAACUAUAUGUAUUCAACUGCACCACGUCCCCGUGUUGAGACAUCACGAGCAACACCUCUGGCUGGAUUUGGUUAUGGUUUGCCUAUAUCACGUCUGUACGCACAGUACUUCCAAGGAGAUCUGAAACUAUAUUCCUUAGAGGGUUAUGGUACAGAUGCAGUUAUCUACAUAAAGGCUUUAUCAACAGAAUCAAUCGAAAGGCUCCCUGUGUAUAACAAAUCAGCUUGGAAACAUUAUGUGGAAAACCAUGAAGCAGAUGACUGGUGUGUGCCAAGCAGUGAACCAAAGGACAUGACCACAUUCCGCAGUAUAUAAUUGUACAACAGUCCAGAAAAAGUAAACAUGUUUUUGUUGUCUGUUUGCAAAGGGAUUGUUUAGCAGGUUUACACCAAACAUGGUUCAAAUACUUUAUGUGAAAUAAUAGGAAGUUGAAGUCCAUAACUGUUUUCCUAUACUACUUUAAGGAAUUAACUGAAUUAAAACAAAAUAUGUAGAUUAAGAAAUACAAAGUGGAAUAAAUUACGGGUGUAUUUCCAAUUUACUUCUGUAGCUAGAUCUUGGGAGCAGUAAUUUUAGAUUUUAUACAGGAUCUAGGGUAACUUAUUUCACACAACAAACUCUCCUAAUGGAAGCAUUAUUGAAAUAGCAGCUAGUCAGAACAGCUAAUACCAGUUCUUUGUAUUGAGCAUUGGAUGAAGUUCUCAAAUGAUCUCAACACUGAUAUAUGAAACAUUAAAGUAGUUAAAGCAUUAAGGUUUAUAAAACCUAUCAUGCAACCUUUCACAUUUUCUACCAUCUUCUAGCCAAGGAGCUCAAAAGCACUUUACAAACCUGAAUAAAUUUAGCAAAAUUAGAAACAAAUAUCUGAAUUUAAGUACAGAAGCUCCAAUAGGCAAUCAUGUAUUGUUUUACUUUGUUCUGAAAUCAGUGAAUCUGAACAUACUACUAGUAGUAGAUGCAUUCAGAGGGGCAAGGCAACAGCUGUACACUAAAUUAUUCUCAAGUUGUACUUGUAUUUGCCUAUACUGUUUAUCAGCUAUGGAAAUCAUUUAUUUUACAAAAUGAAGCUUUCUUUUUGAAAAUCCAAUCUUAACUGCUGCCUCUGGUAUAAUGCAUUGCAGGUAUAAAAUACCAGUUAUGGGUCUUCUGAGAACUGUACUGAAAAUUCAUGAGAAACAGAAGUUGGCAUACUUACACUUACUGUGAAAUAGCAGCUUCUGAGGGUUUACAGUAAAGAUUUGCAGGUCUUCCUCUCUCUUUCUGCAGGUAAUGUCCAAAUACCACUUGUGGGUAGCCUGUGGCUUUGACACUCUGGUAAAGCCUUGAACUCUGGAAUCAUAUAUUAGGUGACAGCAGUAACUGCUAAUAUGCAGAAACUCUAUUGCAAAAUCUGCAUCUUUACUGAGCAGAUCAGUGUAAUAGUAGGACAACAGGACCUACCAGUUAACCAGGUGUAUUUAAAGAGUGCAAUUAAUGUCAAAAAUCAACUUUUGCUAUACUAAAAUAUUAUAGGAAAAAAAGAGCAUAUCAGCUCUCUUUAGAGAGGGAUGCAACAGUGUUGAUAGCUUCAACUGUGCUGCUGGCCACACCGGCGAUUUAAGCCCAUAUAACAAUGCCGGGUCAUGAAUGUACAUUCCACUGAAUUCUCAUAUCCCCAAAAACUUAGACUGCUGCAGAGAAGCACUUGCAGUCCCAGCGCCUAACUCAGAUGACCAAUCCUUAACUGGUCUAUAAGAUGAGGGUGAAAGAUGUGCAUGUGCCAGAAAGCACACACUAUGUUUCAGCAGUCUACCAGGUCAAAAUAGAGCAGGGGAUGGUAUAAAGGUCUGCCUGAUCACAAGCCUAUGAUUUCUUGUUAUUGAAUAGAUAGGGAAAGAAGCUGGAACGGUAAGUAUACUAUAGUCCUCUAUUUUGUGAGAGAUGACUUCAGAUGAAUUCCUCAUCUGUAAAUUGAGCAUAGAUAGGGGUGUUGUGAGGGUAAGUUUUGUUUGUGUGGCACAUCACCAUUGUAUAUAAGUGCCUAAAAGGCAAUACAAUAUAAUCAAAUUAAUGCCCCAAUCCUGCAACUGAAUCCAGGCAGGAAAGGGUUUGCAGAAUGGGGUAAAAAUUUAUAUAAAGCAGGGGAGUGUUUGCUAAAUGUUUGCAACUGUCACUCUUGACAGCCUAAUACUAAAAGUAAUAGAAUUUGGUUUUUAAAAUAGUUUCAAAACUUAUGUUUAACAUGGUAGAACUUUUUAGAAUUAUUUGUAUAAAAUUUUGAAAUAUUUAAUCAAACUUCCACUUAAGAAUUAAAUUGAACUGAUUUUAGUAAUGUCUAAGAACAAAUAUGCAAAAUCAUUCUAACAGACUAUAACAGUCUGCCUGCAAUGAACAUCUAUCCAAAGAAUAGAAGAGUUUUUAUGUGGAAUUACUGAAGUAGAAACCUUUGCUUGUAUCUUUGCUAUCUAUGGCUUAACAUACCUUUUGAUUAUUAGGAAAAAAAAGUCAGUGCCCCAAGCAAACUAUUCCAAUGUAGAUAUUUCAAUAGUUUUUUCCUCCUCUGCUGGCUGUGGUGAAAAUUAACUGUUUAGUAAAUUUCAGAGUGUGCAGUAUUUACUCCUAGUAAGAGUAAAGAUAGUUGACUUGCUAUGUUUGAUUUACUUCACCACAGUAGCUGGUUCAAAAGAUUGAUUUUAUAUAUACACAUCUUCAUUACUGUACUGAAAAAUAAUCACUUAUUGCUAGUUGGCUGUUGAAUAUCAAAAGAAAACAAACUGGUUGCAGAAAUAGCGAAAUGGAUAGUUAUACUCUCUUGAAACAGUGGGAUUAAACCCUAUAUUUAUAUUUAGAAUUGUUGGUUUGUGUGUGAUAAAAUGAAACUGCAAUGUGAAAUUUAUUUUAUCAUAUUGAAGCAAUAAAUGUGUCCAUUAAUGCAAUUUAUAAAAAUCAGACUUUCAGUUGACUUAUUCUUUGGGUGAUUGGGGACUGAAAAAGUUCAAAGGAGUCAUCCAACCCUUUCAGGCCUCGAGUGCCAGGGGCUGUGGUAGGCAGGGAUGUUCUCUUUCAAAGAGUAACUUAUGCAUCACAACCGGUCACCUUAUCUGCACCUGUUCAACUGCCUCAGCACUGCAGAGACAGGCUUUUGAAACUAAUUCAGGUAUCCUCCUAGAUACAGCACUCAGCUUAAUGGCUACAACCUUCAGAUGCUGUGGAGCUGACAGAAGGAAAAACCCUAGGACACUACAUCAAUAACCUCCAUUCCAUCCAUCAGCCCUUCAUUCAUUCCUCACAUACACAAGGAAGAGGGGACCCAGGGAUGAGGGGGGAAAACAGUGCCUGGCAUUGCAGAUCUUGCACCACCCUAGAAUUCUGACCAACCUGUCCCAGCAGACAAAAAUUCUUCUCUUUUGCGAGCAACAAAGAACUCCUCUGGCCACUCAACCUCUGGAAAUUGAU